AUGGAUCCGGCAGAAGACAUGGAACACGCCCUCCACCGAUGGCUCAGCGGGCAAGUCGCCGAUCAUCAGGUUGUACAAGUACUAGGACCCCAAAUACUACAAAGAUGGCAAGCACUCUUGGUGAGCAUCGUGGAGGAAAGUGACACCCCCAUCAUCACGGACAAGUCGUCGAUGCCAACCAGACCAUGGACGACCAACCUUCACCCAUCCAAGUACAUGGAGAUCCUCGGCACCAAUGAAGAGGGCCUCAGCAACACCGUCAAAAGGUUUCGACAGCAAACCAUGAAGGCCAAGAUACUGCACCAAUCCAGACUACGAACGGUGCAAUCCGACUACUCUGAGAUAAUCGGCCCAGGACGACUACACGACGUGGAAAUCAAACCCGGUCGAGUUCUUGCAUCCUCAGAAGCCCACGAGACCAUGCCCCACACCCUUCCCCCUCCAACCUCCCCACAAGAACAUGCCAGCCAAUGUCAGAGAUGGUAUCCGCAUCGACAAGCACCACCGCAGGACCACGCGACCGGCAUGUCCAUGGACUAUGCGGGCACGGACCAACCUGUCAGAGACCUGCAAACCUGGCACACGGGAGCCUUCCCCCACAUCCCCGCACCUCCGGAUCGCACAGUACCUCCUCCCGAAGAACAACAUCACAGAGAAGACAGAUCCAGGUCACCACUUCGAAACCCUGGAGUCCACACGAUGGGCAUGCACGUCAGCAGCCUGCAACAGCUGCUCGACAGCUUGGAGCCAGCAGUGGACACGCAAUCCGUCAUGCAGCAUCACGACCAAGGCCGGCUACUUCCAGUUCUACCAGUGGACCAGAUAGAAAAAGCGCAGCAGCAGUGGUGGAGACGACCGAUCAGACCAGAACUUGUUCACAUGCUACCUCCGGUUGAACCACACCAUUGGGAACUCCAAGAAGAUGGCACACCCGUCAUACGAUUUUACCCCAACCGCAUGACCUUCCUCCCGAAGCAGCUGGUGCACAAGUUCCCCUCCCUCCAGCAAGAACUCCAAAACAGCGUCCUCAUGUCCUGGGACCAGUACAAGCCGACGCAUCCACACAUGUCCAGAUGGCACGCUACGCCGACUCCAUCGACAUGCCCCAACCCAAGCCCUUACACCUGCGACUACGUUCCCUUCUACAUGAAAUCCUAUCAGGAACCGCUGCAGAUGCUCGUACGCAAGGGCACCUGCCCGGAUUUGGCCACAAUGCCCAACCUCUACCAGCUCUGGCACUGGGGAUACAUCAAGUUUCGAAGUGUAAACCCGGAGCUGUGGAUGUUCACACAUAACUUCGCGGAUCCCAGAACAAUGGGCAGGCUGGAACAGACCUGCGCCCACUUCCACAGAGUUUGGUCAGCACACGUCCUACCCAGCACGGCAGGAUUGGUACCCCUACUGCCGCCCAUACAAGACCUUUGCGUGGUGCUCCACAGUACGGCGCCACCCUUCCACCAGCCAAUGCUCGCGAAGUACAACACCAUCUCGGGCAUUAUGACCAUGCAGGCGGUCAGCAACAUAGUCUUUCGCAAGGCUCACCAUGACCUGCAGCUCCACAGAACUUGGCCCAGCAUCGAUUCCCACACAGGAUGCGAUCAAGGAAUCGACACGUUCCAGAUUCCGGACCUCUGGCCAACCAACAUAUGGACCGACACGCUGCAGAAGCUCACUCACACGACCAGAUGGACGCCACCCUCCACGCCAGACAUCCGCACCAGACUCACCGUCAACCACCUGUACAGCGACGUAUUGCCCAACAUGAUAUGGACGCCGAGAUUUGCCCUGCCCCUCACCUCACAACAGAUUCACGCAGUUCAAGUUUCCACCCAAGCAGCACAUGUACUACAUCGACUGUGGGACCCACUCAUUUUCACCUUCACGGACCCGUGCCACACGAUCGACGGUUUCGACGCCAAGCGAACAAGCCGACCCGAUCUGAUCGGCAAAUUUCACCGACUGAGUUCAGGAGGACACACACCAAUGCUGGCAAUCCCGGCCAGCAGCAUGAUCGAGACACAGUUCGACUGGGCUUGGUUCCAAUCCACUACGGCAUCAAACUCCCCGUUCAGAUGGCUGUCCCUACCCCUCGCAGUCAUGGAACACCCCAGGAUGCACUCGGUCUUUUGGAUCCACCGAAAGACAUCAGGCCAAGUACAACGUCACCAAGCUCUACAUGUACACCAAACCACGUGGUUGGUGGCAUCAGGAACGCCCAAGGCGUUCCAGGAGGAUCCAGACAUCACGCAGAAUCAAGCACAGGCCACCCCAACCCAGGAGGAAUGGACGGACUUCAUCAAUCAACGACAAGCUCUACUAGAACUUCAACGAUGCACCACCGUCGACAAAGAAGCGGGACACCACCAAUGGAGGUAUGUGAAGUGA